AUGACCUCGAGACUGGUCCUCUGUCUUGGAGACUUGUUUAUUCCAGACAGAGCUGCUGACAUUCCUACAAAGUUCAAAAAACUCCUCGCUCCCGGCAAAAUAGGCCAAAUCCUCUGCCUGGGCAACCUCACCGACAAAGACACCUACGAGUUCCUGCGCGGCAUAGCACCCGACCUCCAGAUCGUGAAAGGCGACUUCGACGUCGAAGCGCCCAAUCUCGCCCUCUCCAAAGUCGUCACCCACGGCUCGCUGCGCAUCGGCUUCACCCAUGGCCACACCAUAAUCCCCCCCGGCGACGGCGACAGCUUACUGAUCGCCGCGCGGCAGAUGGACGUCGAUAUCCUACUAUGGGGUGGAACGCACAAGUUUGAGGCAUACGAGAUGGAAGGGAAGUUCUUUGUGAAUCCAGGGAGUGCGACGGGCGCGAUGACGACGGGGUGGUGGCCUGAGGAGGAGGAGCCAACGCCGAGCUUUGUGUUGAUGGAUGUCCAAGGCGAUGUCCUAGUGAUAUACGUAUACCAACUCAAGAAAGACGACAAGGGGGCGGAGAACGUGGUUGUGGAGAAGCUAUCCUUCCGGAAAAACGGCGGUGGUGUAUCAUAG